GCCGAGCGGCCGGGCCGCAGCAGCACGGUUGGACGGACGGGAGCGGGGGCCAGUUGUGCUUGUCACGAAAUGUUUUGACAGAGAUGCUCGAUUUCACCUUCACGUAUGCUGAAAACGAGGCAUUUCUUUUUUUCGCUUGUUGUUGUUCUUGUUUUACGAUUCCUGAUGCUUAAGAGGGAAGGCAUCGACACAGGCAAAAAUGAGGUUACACUUCUGUAAAGACCAGCUACUGUUAACUCGGCUUCAAAGUGAAACCAGAGAGAGCGCCAGUAGGGGGCGAAACACUUUUUGCGUCCCUCUUGCCCUAACCGGAAGUGAGGCGGCAUCCGGAAUGAUGGCCGACAAGGUAGAGACAGAUGAAAGCGACAAGAAAGCAGAAAUUGAGCGCUCCAAGAGUGAAGGCAAAGAGCUGACCAAAGAGGAGAAGCAGCGGCUGAGGAAAGAGAAGAAGCAGCAGAAGAAAAACAAAGAAAAAAAAGAUGACGCCACAAAGCCUGAUGGUUCUUCUGUGCCGCCAUCACAAAAAGCACCUUCCUCAGUGCCUGCCGCUGGUGCCGAUGCUACCGCGACAUCUGACAAGGCGGUCAAGAGCAAAGUGGAGCUGAAAGCGGAGAGGAGACCUCGACAUGACUCCGAUAGGUCCUCCAAACAGGGCAAAAAGCGUGAAAGCAGCCAACAGCAGGCCGCGUCCGCCGCCAAACCCAAAGUGCCGCCGAGCGAGCUGCAGCCCGUGGUGAAGAGGCUGCCCGAACACGUCCAAGUAGAUGACCCUGAUGUGGUCAAGAAGCUGGCCAAGAAGCUGGAAAGACAACAGACACCAGCGCAUGCAGAAAAGAUCCCGCUGCGGUCAGACUACGGCUACAAGGUCAGCCUCUUUUCACACCUGCACCAGUACAGCCGCAAAGCCCCUCUGACGCAGCAAGUCGGCAUCCCCUCGUCGGUCAUCCAUCCCGCUAUCGUUCGACUGGGCCUCCAGUACUCGCAAGGCAUUGUGGCGGGAUCCAACGCUCGUUCCGUGGCACUGCUGCACGCCUUCAAACAGGUCAUAAGGGACUACACCACACCGCCCAAUGAAGAGCUAGCAAGAGACUUGGUCAACAGAUUGAAACCUUACAUAAGCUUCUUGAACCAAUGUCGUCCCCUGUCGGCCAGCAUGGGAAAUGCAAUCAAAUAUAUCAAGAAGGAGAUCUCCAACAUUCCAAAUCACUGCAAGGAAGACGAGGCAAAGAGCAAGCUGCUGAACUGCAUCGACUGCUACAUUGACGAAAAGAUUGUCCUGGCGGCCAAAGCCGUCGCGGAGAUUGCCAUUGGAAAGAUCAGUGACGGCGAUGUCAUCCUCGUCUACGGAUGCUCAUCGCUGGUCAACCACAUCCUUUACGAAGCCUUCAACAUGGGCCGCAAGUUCCGGGUGAUCGUGGUGGACAGCAGGCCACGGCUGGAGGGCCGCGAGGCCCUGCGGCGCCUGGUCCAGCACGGCAUCAGCUGCACCUACAUCCUCAUCUCGGUCGUCUCCUACAUCCUCCCAGAGGUGUCAAAGGUGCUCGUGGGGGCCCAUGCGCUGCUCGCCAACGGUUACAUGAUGUCCCGCGUGGGCACGUCCCAAAUCGCUCUGGUGGCCAAAGCCUUCAACGUGCCUGUGCUGGUGUGCUGCGAGACGUACAAGUUCUGUGAGAGGGUGCAGACAGACUCCUUUGUAUCAAACGAGCUCGACGAUCCUGACAACCUGAUCGUUACGCGGAAGGGCAAGACGCAGCUGGCGCACUGGCAGGAGGUCCGCUCGCUGGGUCUGCUCAACCUGGUGUAUGACGUGACGCCGCCUGACUUUGUGGAUGCCGUCAUCACAGAGCUGGGCAUGAUCCCAUGUACGUCAGUGCCCGUGGUGCUGCGCGUCAAAAGCGUCGACCAGUGAGCCACGUCGCAUGUGACCUAACGUGCUUUGAGCAUCCAAUAAAUAUACAGAUAUGUACAGAUACAGGCAUUAUUGGAAUGGUUUGAAUUGCUGCAAUAAAAUAACUUUUCUUUGGAAGGCUUUAAGAUAGCGCCCCCCUGAAAAGUUUGAAGAAAAAAAAA